AUGACCGACCAUCUCGGGCACGAGCUCGAUCCGAUCGAAGCCUAUCAGGUCUGGGACAGCUUCGUCGAUGUUCGUCUCACAAGUCAAAAAGAACCAUCGAGCAAACUUCCGUUGCCGCGCCAGUCCAACAAGCCGUCGACGAAAGCAGUUCGUCGCCGACUCACAGCAGCGGGGUAUCAGCUCCUGGAUCAUUACUACUUUCACGUUUCCAAUAAUCCCGGAGAAGCGGAGCGCACCGCCCUCGCCAACAACAUCAGCAGCCUCUCAGGCUGCGAAUUCUACACGCCCGCCCAUGUGUAUCGCUACUUCGCAAACGCUCGGAAGGCGCGAAACGACGCCCCGGACCAAGUCUACCCUCGAGGACGACCUCGGAAAACGAGGGCAGGCAGCUCUGCACUAAAGUCUGGUCAGCUCGAAGAGAUCUCCCCAUCGCUACCAAUCGUCUCAAACUUGGGCGACAAGGCCUUCAGUGUGCCCCAUCGCAUUCCGGGCUCCGAGGUGGUGGAGCAUGAAGUUGUGCUUCCCCCAACCUUCGCACCCGAACCUCUGGCCACUGCUGCUGCCACGUCACCUUGCACUCCCCCUCCGGUACGGAGCACGGACGGCAUCCCCGACCCAGUCCUUCCAGAAGGAGGGUUUAAUCUACCUUCCCAGCAGCCAAUCGGCACACCGAGCGAGUCCGUCGAUCCCCAGAAUCAAAUGGAAGUCGGUAAUGUCAACCCCGAUAUCCUCGGAGUCCUUCCAGACGCUAACGUGUCACUCAUGCGCGCAGUCACAUCCGUCGAAUGCGCUGAACCGGAGCCCCGCGGCGGAUUUCCUCCUUCUGAGAGUGAGCUGGCUGAGAUACUGCACCGGAUUUUCGUCGAGUCCGACCAGGAGCAGGCGACGCAGCCGUCGACGGCGCAGCCACGCAACCUUGACGAGCUCUCCCAGUGGUUGCAGCAGCAAUCAGCCUUAUCGACCGCUUUCCUCGAGGACGUGUCCGCUGGGUCGUACUCCAUCCUGGGUUUACACCCACCCGCUGCGUCUAUGUCCGUGCCUCAGCCCCUCCUCCGCCCUCUCCUCCGACUCUCAUCCCGCCGUCGUUCGCCAUCAUCUCUCUGUAAACUGCUUCAGCACACCUAUCAUAUCCCGAUGUUUGCCUCCGACGUCUCGCCUUUGGAUGCAUACACGGUCAUGCGAGCGUUCUACAAUCACGUCACCUCCACCCCCAACGCCACCCAGACCACCGCGCUCGCAGCUGAGGUCUCCCAGCUCCCGGGCUGCGAAGGGUUCGCAAUCCAGGGCGUACAGCGGUACUUCAAGCAGAAGCGCAAGAAUGUACACAAGAAGGGGAAGAGCUUCAGCAAGCGGCGCGGUCGCUCGCCCUCCGUCGUCUCAUCAGACUCUUUGUCGAGUGCCACGACCGCCACUGACGACCCUUUCUCAGAACGUCCAGGCACUCCGCCGGUCUCCGACGCUGUAGGAGACCCUGCGUCUAUCGGGUGCCUUCGGAAUAUGCAAGUAGUACCGUACACGCAACAGCAGAACCCAUCCACCCAGCCCAGCGACGUAACGAGGUCUUUCCCCCUCCCCGAUGAGCCGGGGCGCCAAGUUAUCGAGCUGCCGUCAUUCCGCGAGACCACGGAGACGACAUUGCUCGGACGGCUCGUUGUAUACUCGGUCGUCCAUCGAGCAGCGCCGUAUAUCUGGAGCUGCAUUGGCGGACUCGGGUUGUACUUGCUCUGCAGAUAUGCUGUAUACUGGCUCUUUGUGUAG